AUGUGGAAGUCUCUGUCUCUCCUGCUCCUGAAGAGUCCACACAGUGUGAAGAGCGACACCACAUGUGCGGCGCGGCAGCAGAGCUCGGUGGCUGCGGUGACGCCUGUCGCCAGCAGCAAAGGAGAAUAUGUCAUCACUAAACUGGACGAUCUGGUCAACUGGGCCCGGAGGAGCUCCCUGUGGCCCAUGACCUUUGGCCUGGCGUGCUGUGCGGUGGAGAUGAUGCACAUGGCGGCGCCUCGUUACGACAUGGAUCGUUUCGGAGUCGUGUUCAGAGCGAGUCCACGUCAGGCAGACGUCAUGAUCGUAGCAGGGACUCUGACCAACAAGAUGGCCCCCGCCCUGCGCAAGGUGUACGACCAGAUGCCAGAGCCGCGCUACGUCAUCUCCAUGGGCAGCUGUGCGAAUGGCGGCGGUUACUACCAUUACUCGUACUCUGUGGUCCGCGGCUGCGACCGCAUCGUCCCUGUGGACAUCUAUGUUCCAGGCUGCCCUCCCACCGCUGAGGCGCUGCUCUACGGGACGUUGCAGCUGCAGAAGAAAAUCAAACGAGAGAAGAAGAUGAGGAUCUGGUAUCGGAAGUGA